AUGGAGGUUUACAUAUUCGACGAUUCUCCGUUGGCCGCGCAGUUCGUACGGGCACUGAAGAACGCCGCCAAGCGGGGUUGUGAAGUCAUCCUUAUCGUCGAUUACGUUAGUUGUGCAAGACAGCAUCCGAUAUUUGAGCAGAUCGGAUCGUUCGGCUUUCCGUCACUAUUCCUCAACGAGUUGUCUAAGCAUGGCGCCAAGGUCAUUGUCUUCAAUCCCUUCAUGGAUAGACGGCUAGCUGUCGGUACGAUGCCCUUCCGCAAUCACAAGAAAAUCUUGCUGAUUGAUAACGAUGUCGCAUUCUGCGGCUCCAUGAAUGUUUCCGUGGACUCUGCCAGUGAUAAGAUGGGCGGCAACGGGCGUUUCUACGAUAUCAACAUGCGGUUACGUGGGCCGGCGGUGUGUGAUCUAGCCGAUGUAUUCAAACGCACUCUUGCAAUGACGUCGUACAAAUUGGAGGAUUUACAGCCGUGCAAAACCCCAAGCCCCAUAGACGGCGGUGUUAUCGUGCAGGUCCUUGAGUCCGACAUGUUCCGUCUCACAAGACGCAACGGCAUCCAGUCCUCACUGGCCACAAUUAUUUCCAACGCCGAACAAAACGUAUACCUAACCACAAGUUACUUCUACCCCCCGGGAUUUUUGCGUCGAUCCCUACUGUCAGCAUGCAAGAGAGGGCUCCAGGUACACAUGCUACUGUCCGGGAAUUCAGACGUACCCGGUGACAUCAACGCAACGCUACACGUCCUGCGCAAAUUCUUCGUAUGUUCCCGUAUAUAUACUUCGUAUAAGGGGAUUCAGAGAAAGCGUUUUGAAAAGACCAAUGAUUUCAAGGUAUUCAUGACCACCAAAGAGCACUGCCACGGCAAAUGCAUCGUCGUUGAUGAUCUUUGGAGUUCUGUUGGUAGCUUCAACUGGGACAGAUGGUCAAGUAGACGGAAUUUGGAAGUCGCAGUGGGUGUAUUUGACCCUGUAACUGCCAUGAAACUUAAGUCACUGCAGACCGAAAAAGAAAAGGAAGCUGUCGAGUAUACCAGGGCGGACUCAUUGGACCGACCGAGACUUCUGAAAAUAUUCGAUUCACUGCUUUAUAAGCUGGUGCGUUUUUCAGGGCGCAACUGCUUCGACGGGUUGUCGAAUGACGGGUUCAAGAGCAGGUUUAAGAAGGCUUUUAUACGCACCUUAAUCGACGACAAGGCGGCGGAGCUUAUCGCGUUGUGUAACAUGGCAGGUGUCUAG